AUGUUUGAACCUAAAUUUGCGGCAGCUCGAACCAAGACUGAGGCGAUCGUAAAAAUUGUUUUAGCUGAAGGGGCUCAAUCCCAAUUAGAAAUUGACCUUCGAAAAGCAAAUUUCGUGAGCAUCACAAUUGAUUCGUCGAAUCAUAGAGAAAUUAAAGUUGUACUCUUAAUGGUAAGAUAUUUUGAUGGAGAAAAUGGUGUCCAAGUAAAAUUACUUCAGCUACGUGACUUACCUGGUGAAAUAUCAGACCACUUAUUAAAAGAUUACGUGGUUAAUGUUUUGAACCACCAUAAUUUACUACAAAAAUUCAUUGAAAUCUAUUCAGCAAAUUAA